AUGCCGUCCGCCACCGGCCAGAACUGGGAGAAGUACCAGAAGAACUUUGCCGAUGACGAGGUAGAGGAGAAGAAGAUCACACCUUUGACAGAUGAAGAUAUCCAAGUCUUGAAGACGUACGGCGCCGCCCCCUACGGAUCGGCCCUCAAGAACCUCGAGAAGCAAAUCAAGGAGAAGCAACAAAGCGUGGACGAGAAAAUUGGAGUCAAGGAGUCCGACACAGGUCUUGCACCGCCACAUCUAUGGGACACAGCAGCCGAUCGCCAGCGCAUGGCAGAAGAGCAACCGCUUCAGGUAGCGCGGUGCACCAAGAUCAUCGCAGACGAGAAGGACGAGUCCAAGAGCAAAUAUGUAAUCAACGUCAAGCAAAUCGCCAAGUUCGUGGUCCAGCUCGGCGAACGUGUCUCGCCGACCGAUAUCGAGGAGGGAAUGCGCGUGGGUGUCGACCGCAACAAGUACCAGAUCAUGCUGCCACUUCCGCCCAAGAUUGAUGCCAGCGUUACCAUGAUGACCGUCGAAGAGAAGCCCGAUGUCACGUAUGGUGAUGUUGGUGGCUGCAAGGAGCAGGUGGAGAAGCUGAGAGAAGUUGUCGAGAUGCCCUUGUUGUCGCCAGAACGAUUCGUCAACCUCGGUAUCGAUCCCCCCAAGGGCGCUCUGCUCUACGGUCCGCCAGGUACUGGAAAGACCCUUUGCGCACGAGCUGUCGCCAACCGAACAGAUGCUACAUUCAUUCGUGUCAUCGGAUCCGAACUGGUACAGAAGUACGUCGGUGAAGGUGCACGUAUGGUUCGUGAACUUUUCGAGAUGGCUCGAACCAAGAAGGCCUGUAUUAUCUUCUUUGACGAGAUCGAUGCCAUUGGUGGUGCUCGAUUUGAUGACGGAGCUGGCGGUGACAAUGAGGUGCAACGUACCAUGCUGGAGCUUAUCACACAACUGGACGGUUUCGACGCUCGUGGAAACAUCAAGGUCAUGUUCGCUACCAACAGACCCUCAACCUUGGAUCCUGCUCUUAUGCGACCUGGUCGUAUUGAUCGAAAGAUUGAAUUCUCCCUUCCUGACUUGGAGGGACGUGCCAAUAUUCUCCGCAUUCACGCAAAGAGUAUGAGCGUUGAGCGUGACAUUAGAUGGGAGCUGAUCUCCCGAUUGUGCCCCAACGCUACGGGUGCCGAGUUACGCAGUGUAUGCACAGAGGCGGGCAUGUUUGCCAUCCGAGCAAGGAGAAAGGUUGCCACAGAGAAGGACUUUUUGAGCGCCGUGGACAAGGUCAUCAAGGGCAACUUGAAGUUCAACUCGACUGCUACUUACAUGCAGUACAACUAA